CAAGAAUAGGGAGAGAAAGCAUGCAUUUCGAGCUCAAAGAAGGAGGUUCAAGCUAACAAAACCUUCCCUCCACCCACCUAUUGAGUAGACCUGAGUCCGUCCCUGAGCAGAGUACUUUCACUUACCUCCCAACACAAUCGUCAAAUCGUCGUUCUCUCCGCUCCUGCAUGACGGCUAAAAUCAGGAUUAAGUCGGCCAAGAUCUUCAAGGGCAUCGUCAUCGUUCACCUCGAAAGGAAAGUCAGAGUGGUAAAAAGACGUGAGAUCAUUCGCUAGUUAGUUGGGCGGAUGUUCGUUUUGGACAUAUUCUGACCGACCCAACUGGGCGAACUCUGUCUGUCAUUGGUGAUCAAACAUCCUGAUUCAUCUUUGGAAUUGGCCGAACGACGGAUCAAGUAGUAAGCACUUGAGAAGAGACAGCGAGUGUAGGGAGUGCAGUUCCUUCAUGUUGUGUUCCUCAUUCGAAAUCGAGGUUGUGACUGAUGUCGGGUCAUCAGGCCUAAUAGUUAUGUGUUAUUCAAUCAAUCGACUGGGUGAGUUUUGAACCCGUGGCCGUUUCUUGGACUCUGAGACAAUACUAGACAAUAUGGAUUACUACAAACCAAUGCGGGAUGCAUACAUCCAAAAGGAAAUGUACCCAACGGAGUACAGGAAGGACUACUUCCCGAAAAGCGUCCAAAACGACUCGCUGAAAAUUGGCCCCAAGGCUCCCUGUAUUCCCCGCUUCGUCACCAAAAUCGAAGGCAAUGCCGUUGAAGAAGGAGCUCGAGUCUUUUUUGAAGGCAUUGUUGAUUCUCAACCUCAGCCAAUCUUUAGUUGGUAUUUCGACGACGAAGAAGUGGUUCCUGGGGAACGAGGCUGGGAGGAUGUGGAGAUUCACCACUCUAGAAAAAUGUCCACCUUCAUCAUUCGCUAUGCACGGGAACAUCACAUGGGCAAGUACACGCUGGUGGCGCAAAAUCGUUUGGGACAUGACAUCUCGAACUGUGAUCUAAUAGUGCGGAAAAAGCAAUUCCCACCUGUGUUCUGGAAGCGCCUGGUAGACACGGAGACAUCUUCAGGUGCUAGAUUGGUGGCAGAAGUGGAGGUGGGUGGCUGGCCUCUCCCCGAGGUCACUUGGUAUAAGGAGGAUGAAAUUGUGACGAGCCAGGUGCACACCGAAAAUUACAAUGGAUUUCCCAACAGAUAUGUACCCGAGCGAAGGAUCGAGGUCAAGCAGAUCGACCAUAUCCGUUACAGUUUGGUUUUCCAUAGGAUUAGUGAAAGUGAUUCGGGAAUCUACACGUGUCAGGCUGUCAAUCCUUUGGGUGAAGCCUUUUGUGAGGCGGAAUUCAUCAUUGGACCGGGCGAAGGUGGUGUGGAAGACUUGUACCUUCCCGAGAAGUGGUUGACCGGUAACCGACUCUCAUGGAAAAUGGAGGACCAGCGACUCAAGCCCUGUGUUGGAUACCAAGAACCGGAACUCAGCCCAGAAGAUGUAGCCAACAUGACCAAGGAGGUCCGGCGGCAAGAGGGAAAGGAGGAAGGUCUCAAGGGCGGUGUUCGGAUAUUGCCCCCAUCACCCGUGACUGUUCGAAAAGAAUACGUAACGGACGAUGGACGUUUCCUAAUGGAGGAGGAGACUCAAAUGCAAUCGUCUUCAUCUCACAGCUAUUCAUACUCGGCGGCGUAUGGACAGUCCUCCACCACGACGAUAAUCAAUGGCCAAGUUGAGAGCCAAGGCUCAUCAUCGUUCCCAGGAAAUAUUCCAGUUCUAGAAGACAAAUAUUCCGUGGCGGAAAAUUUGGAGGAGCUAGCAACGGACACGCACAACCCAUAUCAAGAUGAGACCUUUGCUGACGAUCAGAGUGGAGAGGGAUUCGAGCAUGAUUUUGAUCGGCGUCACAUUCAACCUGAGGAUGUAUUACUUCUUCAACAAGAACAUACCAAGCGUCAAGAAAUGAUGAGGAGUCAGGAGACAAGCAUCAGCUCGGCUGAGGCUCAACUGUCAAAAAUGGGCCUGACCCCCCUAUCGUUUACCCCAGAGAGUGCUCUUCAAGGUAUUCAAAAGCGACCCUCUGGAACGGGUGGCACUGCGCCUCGUCCCUCCAAGUUUACUCCGGGCGACAUCAAUCAUCGCGGGUACCGUUGCGACGACACGGGUAGAAUCCUGCCCAUUUGGAAAAACCCCUUGGACCCGCACGGGCGGGAUCCCGCUUUCAUGGAGUACAUGACAGUACCCAUGGACUUCCCCCCUGCUAAUGCACCUCCACCAGAGGUCGACGGACCCCACGGACCUCCUUAUUGGGAGUCGGACGAGACCAUUCAAAAACUGUACGAGAUGUUACGAAACAUGGGAUGGAGAGUGGAUGUAAACGAGAUCAGGAGCGAUCGCGUCGGCAAUAAGGCUCAAGCUCGGAAGCAAGAGACCGACGGGCCAACCUAUUUGCAAGAACAGGUCAAGGCCAGGAGGCAAGUGAUGCAAAAUACUCCUAGACGUGGCGACCAUGCACGCGAUGAAUGGGAGGAGCGCUUAAAUGCGAACGUCCCAGGGGCGCAAGGCAAUGCGGAGGACUUCACCAACCAGUUCAUGUCCCAGUUGCGGACCGACAACGCAAUCAGUUCCUCUUCUAGUGCUCAAGAAUCUCAUUUCAUGCACAGCUCUUCAUCUCGAGACUCGCCUCCAAGCUUACCUCCUAAGACCAAGAUCAUGUUCUCUCCUUCCCGUCAGGUUUUCUCACCCACCAACGAGAGCGAAGUCUCUUCCGUGACCACUUCAACCAACACUGUCGAGUUCAUCCCCGUCAAGGAGAAGGCCAAGAUGAUUGCCAUGCAACAAGAGCAAAUCGUUCGCAAAGAGGAGGUCCGGCGGCAAGAGGGAAAGGAGGAAGGUCUCAAGGGCGGUGUUCGGAUAUUGCCCCCAUCACCCGUGACUGUUCGAAAAGAAUACGUAACGGACGAUGGAAGUUUCCUAAUGGAGGAAGAGACUCAAAUACAAUACUAG